CCAUAAAGGAGAUGAUGAAUAUGUUUAGCAUGAAAAGCAACAUGGCCACAGGAUGUGUUCUUCCAAUGUGGAGUCCCUUAACAAAAAGGCAACUUGUCCCAAGGAUGAAGACCAUGGACCCUAAAGAGGACUGUCUCACGCACCCCUUAUCCUCUCAGCCGCCACUAAUCCAUCUAAUCCCUAUCAGAACAUGACACCAUUCACCUGUCAUCUUCUCAGAAUUCUUGCCAUGCAUGUCUGCCAGCUUCUGAGGACCUGUCAUCUUUCUGAAGUUCUGUGAUUCUUGCAGCCAAAAGAUGGAGAGGGCCUUGAUAGCUGGAAGGGAAGGUCCCUGGAGUGUGUGAGUGACCGGAAGAAAAGCUCUGACACCCUUAAGAAAAAGUUGUUUUGUACUGCAUCCUCCACAUCCUGCCACUGCGGGUGCAAAACGCGGCGCAGUCGACAUGACGGCCUCUCAGACCCUCCCUCUUCGCCCGCUGAACGUGAACAACAGUAAUAACAAUGAAGAGAAGAAAGAUAAAGAAGCAAAUGAAAAUGAGGUGGAAAAGCCCAAAGAAAUAUUCGUCAUCAACCCAGCUGGGAAUCUCUACUACAACUGGCUGUUCGUCAUCACACUGCCCGUCAUGUACAACUGGACCAUGAUCAUUGCCAGGGCUUGCUUUGAGGAGCUGCAGCAUAACUUCAUCCUUUACUGGGUUCUAUUGGACUACACCUCCGACAUCAUCUACCUGGCUGACAUGCUCGUCAAGACCAGAACAGGUUACCUCGAGCAAGGCCUGAUGGUCAAAGAUGAAAAGCUGCUCCGCGACCGCUACCUGAACAGCUUCCAGUUUCGGCUGGACGUUAUCUCCAUGUUGCCCACCGACAUCCUGUAUCUACUCCUGGGUCUGGACUACCCGGAGAUACGCAUCAACAAGCUGCUAAGGAUCGGCCGCAUGAUGGAGUUCUUCACAAAGACGGAAACCAAAACAAACUACCCCAACAUAUUCCGCAUCGCCAACCUGAUCAUGUACAUCCUCAUCAUCAUCCACUGGAACGCCUGCUUCUACUUCUCCUUCUCCAAGUCUAUUGGUUUUGGGGCAGAUGAAUGGGUGUAUCCGGCGCUGGAUGAUCCAGAGGAGCCUGCAUUCGGCCAACCCAUGAGGAAGUAUGCCUUCAGCCUCUAUUGGUCCACACUGACCCUGACCACCAUUGGAGAAACGCCACCACCGGCCCUCGAUUCAGAAUUCGUCUUCCAUGUGGUGGACUUCUUGGUCGGGGUUCUCAUCUUUGCCACCAUUGUGGGAAAUAUCGCUACGAUGAUCUCCAACAUGAAUGCAGCUCAAGCUCAGUUCCAGUCUCGAAUUGACAACAUUAAGCAGUACAUGCAGGUUCGAAAGGUCAGCAAAGAUCUGGAAUUGCGCGUCAUCACAUGGUUCGACUACCUGUGGAACAAUGGCAAGGCUCAGGACGAACGUGAGGUGCUGAGGUACCUCCCAGACAAGCUGAAAGCCGAGAUCGCCAUCCAAGUUCACAUGGAGACGCUGAAGAAGGUCCGUAUUUUCGCAGACUGCGAGGCGGGACUUCUGAUCGAGCUGGUGCUGAAGCUCCGGCCUCAGGUUUUUAGCCCCGGAGACUACAUCUGCAAAAAGGGUGAUAUAGGUCGCGAGAUGUACAUCAUCAAGGAUGGGAAUCUGGCGGUUGUGGCGGAUGACGGCGUCACCCAGUUCGUGGUCCUGGGAAGCGGAAGUUACUUUGGCGAGAUCAGUAUCCUUAAUAUCAAGGGCAGCAAAGCAGGAAACAGGCGGACGGCCAACAUCCGCAGCAUCGGAUACUCAGACCUCUUCUGCCUGUCCAAGGACGACCUAAUGGAGUCGCUGUUGGAAUACCCAGACGCUAAGGGCAUGUUGGAGGAUAAGGGCCGACAGAUCUUGAUGAAAGACGGCCUGAUCGACUUGGAUCCGGCCAACAUCAAGCCGGAGGCCAAGGAGCUGGAGGAGAAGGUCAGCCGAUUAUACGGCACAAUGGAUCUGAUGCAGACCAAGCUGAAUAAGAUACUGGGGAAACACGAGAAAACAGACACAGCUCUGAGACAUCGCAUCGCCGAGCUGGAACGAAUGACCGGCGAGGAGGUAGAGGACGAAGAAGAGGGGGCGGUAGAAAAGGAGGACGAUGGAAAAGUGAAGAAAGAAGACAAGGAAUAAAACGCAAAACACUUUUUCAUCAGAGAUAGAGGAACCGUGAACACACUGGAGAUCAAAGCUAAAAAACAAUGCGAGACAAAAGUGGUAACCAUGGAAACUAUGUGGUGUGUCUUGGAAGAAAUACAUCAGCAAAUGGAAUGAAAUCUUCCAUAUAUGACAUUACCAUUGAAUGGUACAUUCCCAUAUUACCACAUGUUUAUGCCAGUCCGCAUUUUCACUCGAGUUGUGUGCACAGAAACAUAACAAAUGUCUGUGAUAUAAUUCUUAAUGACUGGCUUGUUUUGAACUUAAACGUAGGUUAUUUGAUUUAAGAGCGAUGAUAGUGAAGAGGAACACUCACUGCUGAUUGAAUGGUUUGGUCCAGGGCUGCACUUGAGGCUUUUCUUCAGGGGAUGAAAACACUUGACCCUGUGAAUGAAUUGACAUUUUCUUUUGUCUUUGAUUGAGGUAUACUGAAAAAAAACUAUUAAAAAAACAACCAUGGUUGUUGAUAUUGAUGCUAUUCAAAUAAAAUGUUAAUGAAACGUUUGUGAAUUAAGUUUUAUAGAACUUGUCAUUGGAAGUCAGUGAAUAGUCGCAAAGAUACAACCUCUGGGAAAAAAACAAUGGAAUCACCAAUCUUGAAAGAUGUUCGUUUAGAAAAUAAGUAAACAGCCAUGACCCAAAUUAGUCAUUUAAAAUGGCAACUUUCUGGCUUUUGGAAACGCCAAAAUAAAUCAAGAAAAUCAGUUGUGGUGGUCAGUAACUGUUAAGGCUGGGUUGCAGCUUACAGCGAGGUUCGUUCCCCCCGGGAUGCAAACGGACGACUCCGGACAGGACUUGCAGGUAGGAACAUGAUUUAAUCUUGAAAAUUAAACACGUCCCAAAAAACACAAAACAAGCAGAAGGAAAACGUGGGAAGCCAAGGUUACCUCUUAGCACAGGAAGCAUAAACUCGGAGACAAGAACUACAAACCUAACUAUUGCAUGAAGCAAACAAAGAAGCCAGGACGAGAUUGGCGAGAGAGGUGAAUAAAUAUCUCUGAUUAGCGGUCGACUGCAGGUUAGCGUGCCGACCACUAACCAGAGGCAGAUGAACCAAAUGAAUCCCCAUAGAAACCAAAACAAACCCAGAGGUGCACAAAACAGGAACUAAAGGAGUCCAAAAAUAACAGAACAUAACAAAAACAUGAUCCGGGCCAUGGAUCAUGACAGUAACAGUUUCACUUUAGAACAAUUACAGUAAAAAAAAAAAUCAUGGUAUUAGACUUAGACUUAGACAAACUUUAUCUAUCCACAAGGGAAAUUGUUCCACACAGUAGCUCAGUUACAAAGGAUGGAAAGGGAAAGGAUGCAAAGGAUAAUGCAAAAAAUGUACCAUAGUAGAAAUAUAAAAUAUAACAUAUAGGUGGGAUCAUUCUGUACAUUUUCAUUUUCAAGGCUAACACCUGCAUCGGAUCAAAUCUGUUCAUUGGCUUGAAGUUUGGAGCGCUGUUGCACCAGGUGGAUUGCCAUGAAUCACGGCUCUAACACAAAGAGGAUUACCAAACUUCUUCAAAAAGCUAAAUCAUCACGCAAUGUUGCAAAAAAAAUGUUGAUUGUUCACAGUCAGCUGUGUCUACAAACAACAUGGGAAGGUUGUAUAAGGCCAGCGUACUUGUAGACCAAGGCAAACAUCAAAGUGUCAAGACAGAAAACUUCAGGCAAUUUGACCUGAAAAUAGAAAAUUCACUGCAAAGAACAAAUGAGGGACAAAUGGGCGAUAACUGGUGUCACCAUCUGUUGCCGAACUGAAAGAAACCUCCUGUGGGAUUUACAGAAAAAGCUCAACAAGAGCCAUCAUGAACACCUAAACAGAAAAGACAAGUUUAAAGAACGGAAAUAGUGGAUGAAAGUCAUAUUCAGCCAAGAAUCACAAAUUUGCAUCGGGCAAAGUAUUGAUACUGGAACUUUUUGUUUGGUUUUGGCUCCAAUGACGUUUAUGAAGACGACUACCUGAAGGGAACAUGCCUGUGGAGGGGGGCGUGGUGAGUAGAUUGCCCAGCUGGGUCUGGUUAUCUAAUCACCUGCCGCCUUUAUAGGCAGCUUUCGAGGCCAUGGGGGGAAAAGAUUCUGUCCGUCCCAGGACGACCCACCCUGCAAGGAGUCUUCCACAGUGCUCAUGUCCACAAUCAUUGAUGGUAAGAGGUCAUUACAUCUUCAAUGAAUGCGCAAGAUUUCGUAUUCUGUCAAUCAAACAGAUGUUUUGGGACGAUGACAGAACAUGAACUCUAACGAACUCACGUGAAUGUCAUUGAGAUCAAUCAAUCAAUCAAUCAAUGAUUAUUUAUAUAGCCCUAAAUCAUUAGUGUCUCAAAGGGAUGCACAACCCCACCCCCCCCAGUCUAGGGGACCAAAAGCAAUGGAUGUCGAGCGGGUCCAACAUGAUACUGUGAAAGUUCAAUCCAUAGUGGAUCCAACACAGCCGCGAGAGCCCAGUCCAUAGCGGAUCCAACACAGCCGAUACACAGGCGAGCGGUCCAUCCUGGGUAACGACUCUGGACGAGCGGUCCAUCCUGGGUCCCGACUCUGGACAGCCAGUACUUCAUCCAUGGCCAUCGGACCGGACCCCCUCCGCAAGGGAGAGUGGGACAUAGGAAAAAAAGAAAAGAAACGGCAGCUCAACUGGUCUAAAAAAGGAGUCUAUUUAAAGGCUAGAGCAGUGGUCCCCAACCACCGGGCCGUGGCCCGGUACCAGGCCGUGGCUCGAUUGGUACCGGGCCGCAGAAUUUUUUUUUAUUCAUUUU